UCCGCUGUCACGUGGCGGGGGCGCGGGGCGGCUUCGGCGGCCGCCAUGUUGUGGGGCCCCGGGCCGGGCCGGGCAUGGCGGGGUCCGGCAGCAACUGGCUCUCGGGGGUCAACGUGGUGCUGGUGAUGGCCUACGGCAGCCUGGUCUUUGUGCUGCUUUUCAUCUUCGUGAAACGCCAGAUCAUGCGCUUCGCCAUGAAGUCCCGCCGCGGCCCCCACGUGCCUGUCGGACAGCACGCGCCCAAGGACUUAAAGGAAGAGAUUGACAUUCGACUGUCAAGGGUGCAAGACAUCAAGUAUGAGCCCCGACUGUUAGCUGAGGAUGACAGCAGACUUCUGCAGCUGGAGACACAAGGCUGCUAUAACUACUUGUACAGAAUGAAGGCACUGGAUGCAAUUAGAACAUCUGAAAUACCGUUUCAUGCAGAAGGCAGAUACCCGAAGUCUUUGAUAGGAAAGAACUUCUGUGCCUACCUGCUGGAACUGCGGAAUUCCAGCACUUCCUUCAAAGGCAUCCGCAAAAGCUUGAUUGAUACCUUGCUGGAUGGGUAUGAGAGUGCCCGUUAUGGCACAGGGGUCUUUGGGAAGCCAGAAUAUCUGAAGUACCAGGAUGCUCUGAACGAGCUAGCAAACAUGACCAAGGCGCGGGGAGGCAGCAGCCAGAGGCAGCACCAGUCGGCAGCAAAGGAUCUCACUCUUUCUCCCGAAAUUUCCAACCCAGCCACCAUUCAGGUCACCUACCUGCCUUCCAGCCAGAAGAGCAAACGUGCCAAACACUUCCUGGAGCUGAAGAGCUUCAAGGACAACUACAACACGCUGGAGAGCACCCUGUGAGCCACGCAGGGAGCACUGCUCUGGGGACCUGCCACGAGCAGAGCCCACUGAUGGGUGCAGCUAGUGCCCUGGGUGGGUUUUGGCCGCA